CAACGUCGUAGCGAAUCACGUCCAAAGUAGAAUCGUGUGGGCCAGCACUCAGUCGACCUAUAAAUACCGCGGGAGUCGAAUCAUCGCUGUCGUUCACGCAUCCCGAGUUUUCAUAAAAUCGAUAUUCUCACUUUCUCGCUCAGAGGUGGUAGAAAAUAAAAAAAGAAGUGAAGCAAGAAACCUUCGCGAUGGAUCUUUUCGCAUGGCGAAAAACGUUCAUAUACAUCUUGACGUUUCUCGCAUACGCUUGGUCCGGCUACGGCGCCGGUUUACUCGGUAAUCUACGAGAUGCUGUCCUAACCGCGGAGACUAUAUUCGGCGAUUUUUUUCAAAACGCUAUAACCGUGGCACGCAAAAUCAAAGAUAUUCACGAAGUUUUUGAUGCCGCGGUCGAAGAAACCUGCGUUUUCGAGUGUCCUGGAGGCGUUACGCCAAAGCCCGAUCGAACUCACACGCCUCGGAGCAACGGAUGCGGACCUCUUGGGUUUGAGAUAAGCCAAGAGUAUCUUCCUCUGACGGAAAUGACUAAAUGCUGCGACGUUCAUGACAUUUGUUACGAUACUUGCAACUCCGACAAGGACAAAUGUGACCUUGAAUUCAAACGAUGCCUGUACAAGUACUGCGAAGGUUACCAAAGCACGGGAAUGACGAUAGUAAACACUUGUAAAGGGGCAGCUAAAAUGCUGUACACAGGCACAACAGCACUUGGCUGCAAAAGUUACGUCGACGCCCAAAAGGAGUCUUGCUAUUGUGGGGAUAAUAACAAGUGGAAUAAAAAUCGAAAGAAUAAAUGGAGUGGUGGGGAAUUGUGAUGAACGGAUUACUUUGUACACAUAGCUAUUGUAAUAAGUUUCGACGUAAAAAAAUAUUGAAACGACGCUAAAAGUCGCAGCGAUUUUGUAAAUAAAAUAACCCUACGGAACAGUUUUUUUCAUAAAAAAAGUAUUUUUCUUUGCUUUCACGC